AUGACUCAAGAGCAACACUUACAAGUUUGUGUAUCAAAACACUCGGAGCAAUCGAAACAAGACUACCGUGUUCGAUUGCCUUCAUCAGUUAAAUGCAUCCAGUUACUUUUGAGGCAGGGACUUGCUUUUCGUGGAAAUGAUGAAAGUUACGACUCUCUUAAUCGGGGAAACAUCCUUGAACUCUUAAAGUUUCUUGCAGAUAAUAAUGAAGAUGUUGGGAGAGCUGUGAUGCGAAAUGCACCAGAAAAUCACCAAAUGACUUCUCCUUACAUUCAAAAAGAUAUAGUUAAUGCAAUUGCAAGUGAGACAACUGAAAUGAUAAUCAAUGAUCUUGGUGGAGAAUUAUUUGGAAUAAUAGUUGAUGAGUCAAGAGAUAUAUCAGUGAAAGAGCAGAUGAUUGUGUUUAUUCGGUAUGUGGAUUCAAGUGGGCAUAUUAUUGAGCGUCUUCUUGGAAUUACUCAUGUUCGUGAUACAACAUCUAUGUCUCUUAAAGUAGCAAUUGAAAAUCUUCUAACAAGGCAUGGAUUAAGCAUUUCAAGAAUACGAGGCCAAGGCUAUGAUGGAGCAAGUAAUAUGCGAGCACUUGUGGGUGUUGUAAAGGAAAAUGAGGAUGUUGGAGAUUUUUUUGUCACUGUCUCGCAAUUGUGCAAUAUUAUAUGUGAUUCAUUGAUUGAUGUUUUUGACGAAUUAAGGCAAGAUCUAAAACAAAGGCUAGAAGCAUUUAGAGAUGUUUUAGCAAUUACCAAAGACUUGUCACAGGCAUUACAGAGGAAAGAUCAAAACAUUGUGAAUGCCAUGAGACUAGUUGAUGUCUCAAAACAAAGGUUGCAAAUGAUGAGGGAUGAUGGGUGGGAAGCUCUUUUAAAAGAAGUUUCACUAUUUUGCAACAAGAAUGCAAUUUCCAUAGCUAAUAUGGAUGAAGUUUAUGUAGUUCAUGGAAGACCUCGCCGUAAUGUUGAAGAAAGGACUCAUCUUCAUAGGUACCGUGUUGAAAGGUUUUGUGUGGUCUUAGAUCUACAACUUCAAGAGCUAAACAACCAUUUCAAUGAGAAGAAUACAGAGUUGCUCUUAUGCGUGGCAUGUUUUGAUCCAAUGAAUUCCUUUGCUAUGUUUGAUAAACAUAAGUUAAUUCGAUUGGCACAGUUCUAUCCAAAUGAUUUUUCUGAUAUUGAACUUGCAUUACUAGAUAACCAACUGCAGACUUAUUUUAUUGAUGUAAGUUCUGAUCCUGUUUUCUCUAAAUUGGAUGGUAUUGAUGAAUUAGCUCAAAAACUGGUGGAAACGAGAAGACAUUUGGACUAUACGUUAGUGUAUUUGCUUCUAAAGUUGUCUUUGAUCCUACCGGUUGCAACUGCUAGUGUGGAAAGAGCAUUUUCUGCUAUGAAGUUAAUUAAGACAUCUUUACGCAACCGGAUGAGUGAUGAUUUCUUACAUGAUUUCUUAGUGCCAUAUGUUGAAUAG